AUGAUGAUUAUUGGUGUCAUUAUAUGGACGAAACACGGUGUAGCAGGGUGUGUGGACGGCCUGGUGUACGGCCAGUGUGGUGUAGCUGGCCUGGUGUACGGCCAGUGUGGUGUAGCUGGCCUGGUGUACGGCCAGUGUGGUGUAGCUGGCCUGGUGUACGGCCAGUGUGGUGUAGCCGGCCUGGUGUACGGCCAGUGUGGUGUAGCCGGCCUUGUGUACGGCCAGUGUGGUGUAGCCGGCCUGGUGUACGGCCAGUGUGGUGUAGCCGGCCUGGUGUACGGCCAGUGUGGUGUAGCCGGCCUGGUGUACGGCCAGUGUGGUGUAGCCGGCCUGGUGUACGGCCAGUGUGGUGUAGCCGGCCUGGUGUACGGCCAGUGUGGUGUAGCCGGCCUGGUGUACGGCCAGUGUGGUGUAGCCGGCCUGGUGUACGGCCAGUGUGGUGUAGCCGGCCUGGUGUACGGCCAGUGUGGUGUAGCCGGCCUUGUGUACGGCCAGUGUGGUGUAGCCGGCCUGGUGUACGGCCAGUGUGGUGUAGCCGGCCUUGUGUACGGCCAGUGUGGUGUAGCCGGCCUGGUGUACGGCCAGUGUGGUGUAGCUGGCCUGGUGUACGGCCAGCGUGGUGUAGCCGGCCUGGUGUACGGCCAGUGUGGUGUAGCCGGCCUGGUGUACGGCCAGUGUGGUGUAGCUGGCCUGGUGUACGGCCAGUGUGGUGUAGCCGGCCUUGUGUACGGCCAGUGUGGUGUAGCUGGCCUGGUGUACGGCCAGUGUGGUGUAGCUGGCCUGGUGUACGGCCAGUGUGGUGUAGCUGGCCUGGUGUACGGCCAGUGUGGUGUAGCCGGCCUGGUGUACGGCCAGUGUGGUGUAGCUGGCCUGGUGUACGGCCAGUGUGGUGUAGCCGGCCUGGUGUACGGCCAGUGUGGUGUAGCCGGCCUGGUGUACGGCCAGUGUGGUGUAGCCGGCCUGGUGUACGGCCAGUGUGGUGUAGCUGGCCUGGUGUACGGCCAGUGUGGUGUAGCCGGCCUGGUGUACGGCCAGUGUGGUGUAGCCGGCCUGGUGUACGGCCAGUGUGGUGUAGCCGGCCUGGUGUACGGCCAGUGUGGUGUAGCCGGCCUGGUGUACGGCCAGUGUGGUAAACAAAAGACUAUCUUGAAUUUCAUCCGUGCUGGACAGUGUAUAUACUUCAGAAAAUACAACUACGUAUGA